AUGGGUUUGAAAGUUUUAGGUUUAAUAGUGUGUGAAACCAAACAAGAAAGAUUGUUAGGAGCCUCUUGCAAUGAUAAUCAUCUCAGUCCCGGAUCUGUUUUAGAAGCUUCAUUUUCUUCUAGUAGUCUCGACGAAAGCUCAGGAUGUGGUUUUCACCCUGAUUCUGUGAGUUUCUCGUAUAGCCAGCCAGAAAAAAUGGAACAUGACGGCGAACUUUUAGAUUAUGUAGUGUCUUUUAAUAAAGGAAGUAUAAGUAAGAUACUAAUUGAUAUUGUCAACCAAAUUUCUAUGGCUGUUAGCCGUGAAAUCCGAAAGAUCCUGACUGAGAGGACAGCCAACUUUAAUAUUGCUCUUGAUGAUGUGUCAAUUACUACUCUGACCUUUGGCAAGGAGUUUACUGCUGCAAUUGAAGCCAAGCAGGUGGCUGCACAAGAAGCUGAGAGGGCGAAAUUUGUUGUGGAAAAAGCUGAGCAAGACAAAAGAAGUGCUGUAAUCAGAGCACAGGGUGAGGCUAAAAGUGCCCAACUGAUUGGACAAGCCAUUUCCAACAAUCCAGCUUUCAUCACACUCAGGAAGAUUGAAGCUGCAAGAGAGAUUGCACAUACUAUAUCAAACGCAGCAAACAAGGUUUUCCUGAAUUCAGAUGAUCUUUUGCUGAAUCUUCAGGAGCUGAAUUUUUCGCCUGGCAAAAACUGAGCUGGUUAAUCUG